GCGAGGGGCGACCUCAACACCCGUGAAGAAAGGGCACGGAAUAAAUGCUACCAUGGCCAUGACAAGGCGACUAUUACUACUAGCAGGGACGGCAUUGAGUGCAGCUCUCCUCUUCAAUCCUCAAAAGAGUCCUCUCAUCUCCUCCCUUGGUUUCGCGAUCCUUGCGUUCAUUUCGACAUACACACUCAUCCCUCUCCUCGGCGAUGCAUUCAUCAAAGCUGGCUUCAAAGGGAAGGACCUCAACAAACUUGGUACGCCAGUCAUUCCGGAAACAAUGGGUGCAGUCACCGCAUUCGUUUACCUGGCGUGUAUGCUCCUCUUCAUACCCUUCGCGUUCUACCACCACUUUGCCGCACUCACCUCCGGAGGAGGGAACAGGGAAGUCGAAAUUGAGAUUCAUCCCGCAGACGAAGGUUUUUUCCACCCAUUCCCGCACAACAAACUCGGCGAGUACCUUUCCGCGAUCUUGAGUUUACAAAGCAUGAUCAUGCUUGGCGUCGCCGAUGACCUCUUCGACAUCCGCUGGCGGCAUAAACUGUUCAUGCCUCUCCUCGCAGCAAUCCCAAUCCUCGCAGUCUACUACGUCGAUUUCGGUGUCACGCACGUCGUAGUCCCAAUGCAACUCCGUCAAUGGCUCGGUGACUUGGUGGAUCUCGGUUGGCUUUACUACGCAUACAUGGCCGCCCUAACAAUCUUCUGCACAAACUCCAUCAAUAUUCUCGCUGGCGUGAAUGGUAUCGAAGCCGGGCAAUCCCUCAUCAUCGCUCUGUUCGUCGUCGGGAACGACAUUCCGUACCUCGUCAAACCUCUCCACCCCGCCCACGACUCUCACCUCCUUUCACUCUAUUUCAUGGCGCCAUUCGUCGGCGUCACCCUCGGCUUACUGAAAUGGAAUUGGUUCCCCGCCCGGGUAUUCGUGGGUGACACUUACUGCUACUUUGCAGGCAUGACCUUCGCCGUCGUCGGUAUCCUGGGUCAUUUUAGCAAGACCUUGCUUCUCUUCUUCAUCCCACAGAUCUUAAAUUUUCUCUACUCCUCGCCGCAACUUUUCGGUAUCGUGGAGAACCCGAGACAUCGACUCCCACGGUUGAACCCGAAGACGGGAAAAUUGGAGCAGUCGAGGGUGAAGUUCACCAAGACGCCGAAGGGUAUGACGGUUCUGCUGUUGGAGUUGUUGCAGAAACUGGGAAUGGUUACCAUUGUUCACGGCGAAAAAGGCGAGAUUGUGGAGGCGACGAACCUGACAAUCAUCAACCUCAUCCUGGUCCGACUGGGUCCUAUGCGUGAGGAUAUCUUGGCAUUGACAAUCAUGGGUGUACAGGUGCUUUGUUGCUCGUUGGGUUUGCUGAUCCGGUACAAUUUUGCAUACCUCAUCUACGAAUGGGAUCAUGGAAGGAAGAUCUGCUAAGAGAAAGACAAAAGACAGUCGCAUAUAGAGGUUAUAUCACCAUCCGUGUUAUAUUGCAAAUCUAGAGCAAAAUGCAAACCAUAUGAUACCCCUUC